AUGCCGACGGGCGGUUCAAUGCGUGGGACGACCGUUGUUUGGGGCGACUAUGGCUUGCGCAUGAAAGAUCACGACCGCCGAGUCUCGGCGAAACAACUCAAAAACGCUGAGGAUACCAUCAACAGACGGCUACGGGGUGAGCGCUUUAGACUAUACAAGCGGGUAAGCGCAAAUAUCGGUGUGUACACGAAAGGCAGCGACGUGCGCAUGGGUAAAGGAAAAGGUAAAUUCGACUACUGGGCUGCGCGUAUCCCGGUCAGCAGGGUGGUGUUCGAGAUCAAGAGCAAUCUCCACGAACAGGUCGUAAGAGAUGCUUUUCGGCUGGCGGGAAACAAACUACCUGGGCUGUGGGAGUUUGUCAAGAAGGGGGAUCCUCCCAUGGUUGGUAUCACAAAGCUGGGCAACGGAGUGACACUGGAAAAGCUCAAGGAAGCCCGGAGAGAGGUGGAACCCAAGGACAAGGAAAGCCCACAAGCCAUUGUAUCAGGGAUGAAAGUGCCGCCUCAGACGAUCGCGACUCAGCUAGAUCCGCCGCCAACGACAGUCCCCAUUUCGUCGUGA